UUCUCACCACCACCUGCGUGGCGCUGUGGUGCAUGACACAUGAAAAGCUAACAGUAGAGGAAGAACUCAGUUUCAUAACAAAGCGAAACAUCCGGUCACAUCCUCUGACCGCUGCCAAAGGUCAUCAGGGCUGCUCUUCGAUGUUGCGUUUGAUCACGUCCUCCCUGUGCCUGCGGUGCCAGCGUGUCCCAGCUCUGCCUCUAAACCUGCGGCCAUGUGCGACUCUGAGCUCAGAAGAGAACCAGCAGACCGUGGAGGCUCUCUACGACCUCUCUGUGGACAUCCAGAAGGUCAGGCAGCUGAAGGGCUGGGUCCUGCAUCAGACCCCCGCCUACACUAGGGAGGUAGCCGACCUGCUGAAGGACAUGGGGGCGUCUGGUUCAGUCAUCGCCCGGAUCCUCGCGCUCCAUCCCGAGUCGGUCCUCUGUCACCCGGAGCAGGUGCAGGCCCAGAGGGAGCUGUGGAUGUCCGUGUGCCCCAGCCAGAGAGAGCUGGUGGGUAUCAUUGAGAAAUUUCCCGCCUCCUUCUUCACCUCCUCCAGUCACCAUGACAGCCAGCGGGACAACAUUGCCUACUUCCAGAGCUUGAAUCUCAACAAGCGAAUCGUCACCAAGUUCAUGGCGAGCGCUCCGCAGAGCUUCAGCCGGCCGGUGGAGCAGAAUCAGCUGAUGGUGCAGACCCUCCAGCAGGCCUAUAGGGAGCUGGGUGGAGAGGAGGCCAACAUGAAGAUCUGGCUCCAGAAGCUGCUGAGUCAGAACCCGUUUGUUCUCCUGAAGCCCCCGGAGGUGCUGAGGCAGAACCUGCUGUUCCUCAGAGACCGAGGCUUCAGCACGGUCCAGCUGCUCCGCCUCCUCUCCAAACUCAGAGGCUUCGUCACCGAGCUGAACCCCGACAGCAUGAGACACACUCUGGCGUUUUCCCAGGAAACGAUGGGCUGCUCCGACCAGGAGCUGCAGGACAUGGUCCUCAGCUGUCCUGCUCUGCUUUAUUACCCCGAGGAGAUUCUGUCUGAGCGCUUUAACGGACUCCACGGUGCAGGAAUCAGCAUGUCUCAGAUCAUAGAGACACCCACUGUGCUGGAGCUGACCACACAGAUAAUAAACUACAGAAUCCAGCGCCUGAAAGCGUACGGUUAUGAUGUAAGGACAGGAAGUCUGCAGGCGUUAAACGGCACCAAAAAGGACUUUGAGGUGAGCUGUGGAAAACUACAGAUCAGGAGAGAGAGGCCGAUGUUUAAUCCUGUGGCACCUUUAAGAGACGAGGACUGACAGAGACUGAGGACUAAUGUGACACAUUAAAACUAUAACUUGAG